AUGAUACGAGCCAUGGUGGCUAGUGCCAGCCAAGCCACAUUUACAGCUCUGACCCAGGCAAUGGCUAUUGAUGAGCCAGAGCUGCAACAAAUAUGCCAGAGUAUGGUGAAUCCAGAACAGAGGUUGUUCACCCCUCCACCCAUUGAGGUUAGGGAAAAGGAAACACCAACAAAGGGGAGAAAGCAGAUGGCUAAGGACGAUGAUGCUUGGACCCCUACUGAUGGAGAAAUUUUAACCUUUGUCAUAGAUAAUAGAAUUUGCACAUCAUGCUGGUGUGCUGGGCAUGCCUUUACUUGUGCAAAAAAGUCCCUGGCAAAUGGUGUCCUAGCAACAAAGAAGUCUUUGAGUCUGAAGGAUUUAGACCUUUCCUUGCUGCUUGGAAAGAAGAAAGAAGGAAGCAGAAAUCAGCUAGACCAGAUGCAGAACUGGGAACAAUCAUCCUUUCCCAGUACUGCAACCUCUGUUUCAGCACAGAACAUGAUGAGGACAACU